AUGGAGUGUUGGGGGUGGGUUGAGGGCAGCAAUGGGUGGGUUUGGAGACGGCGGUUGUUAGCUUGGGAGGAGGAGAGUAUGAGGGAGUGUAUCACUUUACUCGAUGACGUUGUUUUGCACGUUCAUAUUCAGGACCGUUGGCGGUGGUUACUAGAUCCUGUUCAUGGUUAUAGUGUUGGUGGGACUUAUCGUUUUCUCACAAAUUCUGAAGAUCAGGUGGCUAAUGAUGUUUUUACUGAUGUGUGGCACAAAUUGGUUCCGACAAAAGUGUCGCUUUUUGCUUGGCAGUUGCUUCAAGACAGAAUUCCUACAAGAGCAAACUUGGUGCGUCGUCUCAUUCUUCAACCUAACGACAAUUUAUGUGUUGGAGGGUGUGGCCUAUCCGAAAUGACGGGUCAUCUUUUCAUUGGAUGCGAAUAUUUUGGAAGUGUUUGGGUUUGUCUUUGUCACUGGCUUGGGUUUUCUUUUGUUCCUCCAGGUUCUAUUAAGGAUCAUUACAUUCAGUUUACUCAUUUGGCGGGUUUGCCUAGAUCUACUCAUGUGUUUUUUAAGGUUAUUUGGCUUGCUUGUGUUUGA